UCUUCUUUCUCUUUAGUCAUAACAAUUCCGUGAAAAUCAUGUGUUCAGGAGCUUAUUAUCGUUCGUGGAUGGAUAAACCUCAUUUGGAUCCCAACACUAAUUUGCUUACGGAAGAAUACGUUCAAGGGAUUGGAGAAUUCAUGAGGCUUGUUCAACAGCAACCGGAUGCAAAAAGUGGUAUGUUAAGAUGUCCCUGCUCUACUUGCAAUAAUAAUAAGGUUAUAAAAGAAUUUGAUGUUUGGACUCAUUUGUAUAUGAAAGGGUUUUCACGUAAUUAUAAAGUUUGGUACCUUCAUGGGGAAACUGGUUAUGAAUAUGGUAGUACUAGCGAACCUCAGCCUGUUAGUGAACUUCAGCCUGAUAUUAGGUUAGAAGAACCUAGAACGGAUAUAGAUUAUGGUGUAGGUACUGAGCAGAUGGUACAUGAUCAUUAUAGAGGGGAAGAACCAAAUCCCGAAUCUAGGAGAUUUUUUGAUAUGUUAGAUGCAGGAAAACAACCUUUGUAUCAAAAUUGUAGAGAUGGUCAUUCAGUCUUAUCAUCUGCAACUAGAUUAAUGGGUAUUAAGACAGACUAUAAUUUGGCUGAAGAAUGUAUGGAUGCGAUUACUGAUUUUGUCAAAGGUAUUCUACCUGAGGAUAACCUUGCACCGGGUUCAUACUACGAGGUUCAGAAACUUGUAGCCGGUCUUCAACUACCGUACGAAGUGAUAGAUGUAUGUAUUGACAACUGCAUGAUCUACUGGAGAGCGGAUGAGACACGAAAUGUAUGCAAAUUUUGUGGGAAACCUCGUUAUCAGGAGACGAGGGGAAGAGUUCCGAUCCCGUUCAAAAGAAUGUGGUAUUUGCCUUUGACGGAAAGAUUGAAGAGGUUGUAUCAGUGUGAGCGCACAGCAAAAGCAAUGAGAUGGCAUGCAGAGCAUUCCACAAAUGGUGAGAUUAGACAUCCUUCAGAUGCGAAGGCUUGGAAACAUUUCCAGUCAACAUAUCCAGAAUUUGCGGAAGAGAGAAGAAAUGUUUAUCUUGGAUUAUCUACUGAUGGUUUCAGCCCGUUUGGAAAGCAUGGAAGACAGUAUUCUCUAUGGCCAGUUAUCGUGACCCCGUACAACUUACCGCCGAGCUUGUGCAUGCGACGAGAGUUUUUGUUUCUCUCAAUUCUCGUCCCCGGUCCAGAUCAUCCUAAAAGAUCACUAGAUGUGUUUCUUCAACCACUGAUAUAUGAGUUGCAACAACUAUGGGCGCAUGGUUUUGAGACAUACGAUGUUUCGUGCAAAGAAAACUUUCAGAUGCGGGCAGUACUUAUGUGGACAAUAAGUGACUUUCCAGCAUAUGGUAUGUUAUCUGGAUGGACAACACAUGGGAGGCUAUCAUGUCCAUAUUGUCAAGAUGACACAGAUGCUUUCCAACUAAAGAACGGAAGGAAAACGUGUUGGUUUGACUGUCACAGACGAUUUCUUCCACCUGAUCAUCCAUACCGCAGGAGUAAGACUUCGUUUACGAAGAACAAGCAGGUGUUUGAUGGUCCACCUGAGGAAGUUAGUGGGGAAGAUUUGUUGAAGCAGUUUAGGGAUUUUGAUGCAGAAAGGACGCCAGAUGUAGGUGGACAUGAAAACAUUCGAGUCAGUGCGGUUGGAGAGCUACAUAACUGGCACAAAAAGAGUAUUUUCUGGGAUCUGCCAUAUUGGAAGACUCAUCUAUUGCGGCAUAAUUUAGAUGUCAUGCAUAUUGAGAAGAACUUCUUCGACAAUCUGAUGAACACAGUCCUUAACAUCCAAGGUAAAACGAAGGAUAAUUUGAAGUCAAGGUUGGAUUUAGUCGAUAUCUGUGAUCGUUCUGAACUUCACGUUGAUGAGAACGGUACGGCCCCUUUUCCCAUUUAUCGGCUGGAUGGUGCUAGAAAAGAAGAGUUCUUUGAUUGGAUUACAGAUAAAGUGAAAUUUCCUGACGGAUAUGCAUCAAAUUUGGGGAACUGCGUUGAUAGAAGCGAAGGAAAGUUUAGUGGCUUGAAGAGUCAUGAUUGUCAUGUAAUUAUGCAGCGCCUCCUCCCGUUUGCUUUUUCAGCAUUAUUGCCACGUAAUGUUCAUGAAGCAAUUGCAGGGAUAAGUGUUUUCUUCCGCGACUUAUGCAGCAGAGUAGUGACUGAAGAGGGUAUUAAUAAUUUGAAGACAAACGCACCAGUCAGCAUGUGCAACCUUGAGAAGAUAUUUCCUCCAUCAUUCUUUGAUGUAAUGGAACAUCUUGCUAUUCAUCUCGCAAGAGAAUUGGAACUUGGUGGUCCUGUGCAGUACAGAUGGAUGUAUAUUUUUGAGCGUUAUAUGCAUCAUCUGAAGAAGAUGGUCAAAAAUCAAAGCAGGGUGGAAGGAUCUAUAGUGGCACAGGUGAUCAAUGAAGAAACUGCAAUCUUUGCUGAAAAUUAUUUUCCACCAGAAGUGCAUACAAAACACCGAAGACCUGCUCGGCAUGAUGACAGAGGGGAGAGAGCAACAUAUCAUGUUACUGUCCCAAGCAUGUUCAAGGAAAUAGGACGACUUAGCGGAAAAUUCACGAAGCGCAGACUUACGGACACUGAGCACGCUCAUUUGCAAACAUAUUUGCUCACCAACUGUGAAGAUGUUCUACAAUAUGAGAGUGUAUAUAUGGCGGAGUUGCGUAUGACUCACAGGCAUGCAACAGAAGAUGAGCUUCAACAACUUAGAGAUAACGGAUUUGCUGUGUGGCUUCGUAGUUAUGUGAAUGAUGGUUUGGCCAGAGGUUUUGUGUUCGAUGAUUGGAUACGCGAAUUUGUGCAGGGACCAAACUAUGUGGUCAAAUCAUAUCCAAAAUUUUGUACGCGAGGAUAUGCAUUCACAAGGAAAGGUCAUUCUAAGACAACAUAUGAUGCUGGUGUUUCAUCUUCUUCCGGUGACGAUGUCUACUACGGCAACAUAAAAGAAAUAUUGGAAAUCCAAUUUCCUGGAAUGGUUGGAUUGCGUUGUGUAGUAUUCUAUUGUGAUUGGUAUGACACCACCCCAGAUAGAGGAGUGAAGAUUGAUGCGUUUGGUGUUACAUCAGUUCAUUCGCGGCGGAAACUUCAAUACUAUGAUCCCUUCAUUCUUGGUUCGCAAGCUGAUCAGGUAUGUUACAUCAGUUACCCUCGGGUGACGUACAGAGAUGAUCCAUGGGUCACUGUAACGCAAAUCAACCCAAGAGGACGAGUGGAUGGAACUUCUGAUGAUGAUGAACCAUUGCAACCAGAGUCUACCAGCAACGCCCAGGCAGUUGAAGAUUUGGCAAAUGUUGAACUCGUUGAGGAUUUGACUGAGUUUGGACUUGAUGCUGUUGUACAUUCGGAGCCAGAAGCUGAGGUUGGGGAGUUUGAUGAAGAUUCAGAAGAUUCGGAUUAGUUUUUUUUUUUU